AUGGAGAAAGUCUUAAGACCACAACGUUUUGACACCAAUCCUAACGCUCAAGACGCUGCUAGAUCGUGGUUGCACUGGUUUGCUACUUUCCAAAAUUUUGUAGCUGCUAUACCUAACGAAGAAGUGAACAAAUUAAAGGUUCUAGUCAAUUAUGUUUCUGCCGACGUUUAUCAACUUUUCUGUGAAGCGACAACCUACGAGGAAGCUAUAGAAUUGUUAAAAAAUCUCUAUGUUAAGGUUCCUAAUGAGAUAUUUUCGCGACAUAAGUUAGCUACUCGUAAACAACAAUCUGGCGAGAGCCUGGAUGAGUAUUUGCAAGAAUUAAAAUCGCUAAGCAAAGAUUGUAAUUUUCGUAGCGUGACAUCAAAUCAAUAUCGAGACGAAGCUGUACGAGACGCGUUUAUAGCAGGUCUUCUUUCAACUAACAUCCGCCAACGUCUUCUUGAGAAUAAAACAUUAGACCUUCAGACAGCUUUUGAUCAAGCCCGAGCCUUAGAUACAGCACAGAGAACUUCUGAAACUUAUGCAGACGGAAUUCCAAUAACAGCUGCUGCUCUAUCAAACAAGGACGGGGAGAAUUCGUUUAUUAAUCAACGGGCAUUCGAAAACCAAGAUAAAACUGAUCAAUCUGACGGACAUCAAGAGAACAACGGCAUAGAAAGGUACGUUGCCGCCUCUUCUAGAUCAGCGAAAUGUUUCUUCUGCGGUAAUCGACCACACCAUCGUUCCGCAUGCCCGGCUAAAGACGCCUAUUGUUAUAAAUGUAAAAAGAAAGGACAUUUCCAAAGAGUAUGUAAAUCGGUCGCUCCUCAGGCCUCGUAUAUAGCAUUAGCAUCAACUAAACAUACAGUAGCAAAGUCACUAAAGAAAGCCUGUAUUGAUGUCUUGAUUAAUGGAAAAUCUUGCGAAGCUCUAAUUGAUUCGGGAAGUACACAUAAUUUUGUACAUCCUAAAGUUGCAAGUAAUCUGGGAUUGAACGUUUAUACAACUCAAGAGAAAGUAACAAUGGCUGCAUCCUCGUUUUCUUCUAAAAUUCAAGGCUAUUGUCUUGCCGAUAUUAUACUUAAAGAGCGAGAGUAUGUGAAAGUAAAACUGUUUGUCUUAACAAAUUUAUGUACGAACGUGAUAUUAGGACAAAAUUGGCAGGAAAAACAUGAAAGCAUAAUUAUUGAGUAUGGGGGAAAAUCGCCCUCUUUAACGAUAUGUGGUUUAUCAACUAUAAAUAUAGGGCCACCGCCGUUGUUUCAAUUUUUGUCUGAAGAUUGUAGACCGGUAGCUGCAAAAUCACGAAGAUACAGUGCCGAGGACAGAGCGUUCAUCGCAACGGAAGUGUCGAAAUUGCUUGAAGAAGGGAUUAUUGAAGAAAGUGACUCUCCUGGAGAGCCCAAGUCGUUGUAA